GACACCUUGUCCGAAAAAUGCGACCCCUCAAAGCUCCGAAAUCCAACGUGGUAUAAUGAGCUGGGGGCCUGAAAAGUAGUUGUUUCCAAUCCAUGCACGAUUACUGGUCAUAUUUGCAUCAUCAUCAUCCUCCUCCUAUUACCAUCAUCACUCGAUUCCAUCUGAAUAAAUUUUUUGAGCUGUACGCAAUUCUUUAUGCCCAAUGAGUUCUCUUUUGUCAUUUCUCAAGGAGUACAUUAUACAGCCUUUGAAUCUUCAUACAUAAAAGCGGAGAAAAGAAAUGAGAGAAAUGGCAGAUGAGAGAGCUUCUUCAUUUGUGAUGAGUCUGCAAACCUAAGAGGAAAGGGAGGGAGGGAGAUGUGCAUAUUGUCUUGUCGCAGGAUCAACACAAGUAGCAGUGUUACAAUGAGGAAGUCUUCGCUCAAAGCUUCGAAAAGUUCUGUUCAUGAAAUUAAGGGAACCAAGAAAUAUGAUGAUGAUGCGGAGGCCACGAUAUCGUCUACCAUCUCCAGAAGCGUCUCCAUGAGUGUCGGUGGAAACAAACAAAGGAUGGUAGCAGAAGAUGUGGUUAGGCAUGGGAAUAUGGGAGCUCCGGCUGAGGUAUACACCUUUCGGGAGCUGGCAAGCGCCACCGAGAAUUUCAGUCUUAAGCUGCUUCUGGGUGAAGGAGGAUUCGGGAGGGUCUACAGAGGACAUCUCAAGACAACAAAUCAAGUGGUGGCUGUGAAGCAGCUUGAUGGAAAUGGGAUUCAAGGAAAUAGGGAAUUCCUAGCAGAGGUCUUGACGUUGAGUAUGGUUCACCACCCGAAUCUCGUCAAACUUAUAGGAUACUGCGCUGAUGGCCGCCAGAGAAUAUUGGUCUAUGAGUACAUGGAGAAUGGAUCUUUAGAAGAUCAUCUUCUUGAUUUGGCUCCAGAAAGAAAGCCCCUGGAUUGGUACACUAGGAUGCAUAUUGCUAAAGGAGUGGCUCAGGGACUAGAGUACUUGCAUGAUACAGCAAAUCCUCCAGUUAUGUACCGGGAUUUUAAGCCCUCCAACAUAUUACUGGAUGAGAAAUUCAAUGCUAAGCUCUCCGAUUUUGGACUUGCCAAGUUGGGUCCAACGGGCAGAGAGGAUCAUGUGUCUACAAUGGUGAUGAAUGGCUACUGUGCACCGGAGUAUGAACAGACUGGCCAGUUGACAACCAGAUCCGACGUCUAUAGUUUUGGAGUGGUGUUCCUGGAGAUCAUUACAGGAAGAAGAGCUAUUGAUAACAGCAGACCACCUGAAGAGGAGAAUCUAGUUGCUUGGGCAAAACCACUUUUCAAAGACAGAAAAAAUUUCAAAAUGAUGGCCGAUCCUACGCUUGAAGGAAAUUACCCAGUGAAGGGUCUCUACCAAGCUAUUGCCGUGGCAGCAAUGUGUCUGCAAGACGAAGCCAGCACCCGCCCCCUCAUUGGAGAUGUCGUCACUGCACUUGAAUAUUUGUCCAUCAGAACCGACGAAGAUACUAGCGAAACAGACGAGCAAGCUGCACAGGACGAAUAGAUUUUCAUAGAGAGCAAGCCAUCAAGAACUGAAUCUAUAGUUCUCUCAGUCAGCACACCUUUUUGUUGCAUGUUUGUCACAUAUCGGUUUUUGGCGUAGGAGAUGAGCAUAAGAUUAGUAUUACAAGAGUAGUGUGCAUUGUUUGUGUGAUAUGGAACUACUUGAGCUACUGAUCAGAAUCAGAAAUGUAGUACUAGAGGAUUAUGGAUUCCUAACUGUGUUUACAUCGCAAACAGGUUCAAAAGUUAGCUUUAUAAUACUUAUGCAGAGGAAAACUGACAUAUAUGUAUUUUUGUUUAGCUCCAGA